AUGAAUCAUUUCUCACAACAAGGACGUGCUCCUCCCAUGAGUGUACGAGAGGGAAUUGUACAAUUAUGGCUGAAACAAAAACGACCAAGUGAAAUUGCGUUAGAGUUCAAAUUGCCAUUACGCACAGUCCAUAACAUUAUUGAAAAAUUUAUCGAGCAUGAAGGUAAUCUAAAACCAACACAACCAGAACAAUUUCGAAGUGCUCGAACGGAUGAUGUGAUUACAUACAUCGAGUAUACCAAAACGAUGAAGCCGAGUACUUAUGCCGUUGAAAUUCAAAAGGGACUUGAGGAGAAUAGAGUUUGCUUACCGCAAAAUGUGCCAAGUGCAAGUUCAAUAAGCAGGGUAUUAAAAGACAACCUUGGGUAUACAAGAAAGAAACUUACUAUAGUCGCGCAAGAAUCUCUCAGACCCGCUACCACAGAACGCUUGACGCAGUUUUUGGCGGAAUGCAGUACUAUUGAUCCUAACACGAUCCAUUUUUUCGACGAGUGCUCAGUUGUUCGAACUACCGGCAAUAGAGUUUACGGUCAUGCCCCUCUCGGAAAGAAAGCAAUUGAGAUUCAAAAAUAUGCAUCGAACGCGACUUUUACUGUUAAUUUACUUGUAAAUAUCGAUGGAAUUUCUCAUGUUGAUAUAUUACAAGGAGCGUCGAACGGACUCGAACUGUUAAACUUUUUUACUGAAGCAGUACAGCAACGUGACCUAUUUGACAAUCCAGUAAUAAAGCACGGUGAUACAAUUAUUAUGGAUAAUUGUGGGUUUCAUCAUGGCGUUCACACUGAGCCCAUACUAAGAGAUAUUAUUGCGGAGUGUGGAGCAAGAUUAAUAUUUCAACCUCCGUACCAUCCACAACUCAAUGUUUGUGAAUUGCGGUUCCACAGCUUGAAAUGUUGGCUACGAAAGUACUCUCGUUUUACCGAACAGUACACGGAGAUUGCCACACUGUCUGGACUGAGCAAUAUUCCAGCGGGGGCAUCGAGAGCGUUCUUUAAGUACUGUGGAUAUAUUUUGUAA